AUGAAAUCUUGUUCUUGUUUUAUAAUAUCAGCAGCAUUUAUGCUGUUGGUCAUUACAUUCUCACUUUGUAUUAGUUUAUCAGAUGGAUACGCAAAGAUAAAUCCAUCAUUUCAAGUAUAUUCAGAGAGAAGAUCGACAAGAUUCUUUGGUAAUAUGACAUUGACAUCGGGAGAGAGUGAUGUAUUGUUGAAUGUAUUGUAUAGCUAUCCGACAAGUAUCAAUUGGAUGCUGCUAAAGGAUGGAUUCAAUGUAUAUGAAGGCAACAGAAUCGUUACGACACUCAACACAACCACUCUGUCAUGUGUGACGACUCAUGAUAGUGGUGUGUACAGUCUGGUGCAACACGAUUCUCUCAACACUGGAUUCAACGUACAAACAUCACAAUUCAACUUGACAGUGGUUGGAGACGACAAGAAUGAGGAAGGUCUCUCAUUUGUGACACCACCCUCUACCAAUGCCCUCAACGGUCAAUCUUUUCCCAUUCAACCCGUUUUACGAUUCGUAAACGGUGCAGGUGUUGUCGAACCAUUUAUCGUAAAGUCACCGGAAUCAAAUAACGCCAUCUCCAAGAAAAGUGGAGUUCCCAACAAUAUUAUCACCUAUACAAGUGCCAGCGUCAUCCAAGAACACAAUCUAAUCAUAUUUACGGGAUUGGCUAUUGUCGGUGAACCGGGUGAAUACAUUAUUGGCUUUGUAACGACUGCUGGCUGCUCGGUACUAAUCUAUCCUGAACCAAUCAAUGUUGGUCCAGAGUGGUCGGCCAUGGUCAUUGUCAUUGCAGUGUCACUUUUAUUUUCAUUUGCAAUGAUCUUUAUUACGGCCGGUGUCAAGUUGUUUAUUGGGUACAGGAGAACGGGUCGUAUCUCCAUCUCUACCUUUUUACAUUCCGUGCAAGCACCCAUCGACGAAGUGUUGGGUAAAAACAUCGCACUUUCAACCUACUUUAAGGUGCUACGAUUGUUUUUACUCCAGUCGUUGCUAUUCACCAUCAUAUCACUGACACCAUACCUCCCAAUCACAAAGACUGGAGACAACAAACUCACUGGUGCAUACGCACUCUCUCAAGCCAAUUGGUUUGUAGACUCUAGCUAUCUAUUCUCCUAUUCAAUCCUCAGCUUUCUCGUUUUCGUAUCUCUCGUUGUCAUUUACACUCGAUUCAAUGAUGAACGUAUCUAUCAUAAUCAUGAUAGUAAUCAUCUAGUUACAUCUCGGUCUGUAAUGUUAACAGGUUUACCAAAAUCUCUUGUUGAUUGUAAUAUUCUUAAAAAUUAUCUUCAAACUAGUUAUUCAAAGGGAAUAUAUUCAGUAACUAUUGUAUUGGAAAAACAUUUUUCAGAGAUUGAACAUAAUUUAGAUUUAGAUGGUAAAAUUGAUUCAAUAUUUUUAUCAAGUGGUCUAAGUAGUAGCAAUAAUGAAAAAGAUAAAGAAAAAGAAAAAGAACAACAACUAGAACAACAACAAAAAGAUGAUCAUCUUUCAAAUGAAAAUAGUAUAAAUAUUUCAAUUAAUGAUCAAGGAGUUAAUAUUAAUAAUGAUAAUUUGGAACCAUUAAAAUCAACUGGUACAGCAUUUAUUACAUUUAGUUGUGUAUCGGAUGCACAUCUAUUCAAAACACAAUUUUCACCAUACAAAUGGACAUGGGUUAAAGACGUUUACCCAAUGGCACCUCAACAAUUCCAAAUAGAGUUACAAAUGAAAAGAUGGAAAUCAUACAAUAUCGCAUCAGUCUCUGAUCUGCUUUGGACAAAACUACAUAAUCCAUCUCGUCUCUAUGGUCCGGCACUCACCACCUUUUUACUCAUUUUAUCAAUUUUCUUUUUUUCAUGUUUAUCUUUUCUUUCAGUACUUAUAUAUGAUUCUCAAUUUGAAAAGUUUAAAUCACAUUCAUUUUUCCAUUAUAAAAGAAGAAAUGGUAAUGAUGUUACAUUGGCAGUUUAUAGUUUUUGGUUUUAUAUAUUCUUACCAUGUUGUAUAUUAUUGGUUGUCAACCGUCUCAUUCCACCUUGUAUAUCUUCCAUUUUCAAAAAAUCGUGGAUUACCGUACGUAGUUCACUCAAGUCUCGGACCAUGGCUGUCACUUUUUACGCACAAGUUUUUUCCAUUGCUGUAGUACCAUCUUUUUAUUUCAUGAUGAUGAUGGGUACAUUAUCUGGUAGAAAUGUCUUUUAUACUCCUAUCGAUUUCUUUAGAACUGGAGGUUUAUUUUAUGUAUAUUUUAUUAUAUUCUUUUCAAUUGUUUCACCAAUAUUGGAUUCAUAUUGUAUAGCAUCUAUAGUUUUUAAAGUCAUUCGAUGUAGAAAAGUUUCAAUGGAUGAUGUAAAUGGAAAAUGUUUAGAUUUGGCAAACCAAUAUUGUAAUUUCCUUUUAACGGUAUUAUUAAUUUCAAUUUAUGCACCAUUUUAUCCAUUAUUAUUUGUUUUAUUAUUCUUUUAUUUGACGAAAAAGUAUUAUUUUGACAAGUAUAUUGUUGUAGCAUCGUCAUUGCCUCCACCACCAUCGGAUAAACUAUUAAUUGAACCACUACAAAAUUGUAUAUGGUUUACUAUUACCCUCGCACCAGCCGUGCAUCUACUCUACUGUAUUGGAAUAUACCGUACCGAUAUGAUGUUUAUCUUUGUAUUCCUAUUGGUUGUUGGAUUUGGAAGAUAUGUACCAUCGUGCUCAAAGAGUCUUUGCUAUAGCGUCUGUGAUGGUGCCAUUCUGCCAUGUGUUGACAAUCCAAACAGAAUAGACGACGAAGAUGAAUACAUUGACAUGGAUAAUGAAAUGAUGGAUUUUGGUAACAACAGCAGCAAUAGUGAUCAACCACCUCAAUCUCAACAAAUGUCUCACCCAUCUCAACAACCUCAUCAUAGAAGAAGAACCAAUAAUCAUGCAUCAGAACAAGAUAUUAAUAUUAAUAAUAAUAAUCUCAACAAUAGUAGUGGUGGUGGUGGUGGUGGUGUAGGAGCCAUUUCCAAUGGACAAACAGAAAAAGAAAUGAAGGAAAUCAAUGACAAGGAGACCAUCUUAAACAUUGAACAACAGUAUAGUACUAGAGGUUCCCAAGGAAGAUUCUCUUUCCUCUACCGUUUCCGUCUACCUCGACCAAAAUCCAUUACCAUUACUCAAUACUCGUCGCCAUUCUUUAAUACCAGUCAUUCUCAAUGUAUAAUCCACGAUGAAGCUGGUGAAUAUAACCCUCCUUCUGAUACAAAUACCCAUGAGGAUGAUUAA